UACGUAUUAGCCGCAACAUUUACCAAAGGAAAAUUUACCAAUCACAGUAUGAAUGAGUGACCUUCAGGUGCUCAGCUUCUCGAAUAUCCAAACAAUUAAAUUGGCGUAAUCCUAAUUAUAAGUACAGAUUCUCAUAUCAGGAUUACAUACAAUACAGUGGAUAAUUAACUUUCUCGAUGCGAGUCAACUGUUGCCUGUACCUUUCGUCAUCAAUCUUCUUACGGCUUCAUUUUUGGCAAAAUAAUGAAACGUGUAUUUCUCUGACUAUUAAAUCAAAUAAACUGUUUAUACAUCGUUUUGUAUGAGAAGUAAAAAAAGUCGUCAUAAAUUAGUCGCCCUCAACUUCUUGUCGAAUAUAUCACUCGAUGGUAAACAUGAAUCUCAGUCGAAUGGCAUUCAGUCCCAUUCAUCUGUCCCAUGUAUUUGCAGUGAUGAAGGCAACUGUGUGAGCAACUUUGAAAAUAAUUCAAUUUAUGGACGACAACAACACCAAGAGCAAGCCAGCAGUGUAUAUUAUGAAACUAUAGAAAAGUCGGCAUCAUCAUCAUCGAGUGGUGCCUUACUGCAACCUGAAAAUAUCCCAGCUUCGCUAGCCUAUACUGAGACGUAUAACGCGUACAACAGUUGCCUGAAGGAAAAUGCACGAACUAAGAAGUUGGCGACAUGUUCAAAGAAUUUCUUUUCAGGUGUUGCCUCCUGCUCAAAUGUUUCACAUACACAGUCAUAUCGUAAAAGAUCAGAAAAUGUAACUGAUCAAGUUCCUGUCGAAGAAGAGGUUUUAGCCACAUCUGACUGGAUUUGUCGAUCUUCGGGUGGUGAUGGUAAUGUGCCAAAGACGACGACGAGUGUUAAAGUGAAAUUAUCACACGAGUUUCCUGCUUCACACUAUAAUAACAAUAAUAAUCCUACUUUGGAAGAUGUGAAGCCUUCAAGUAAAGUGAAUCCGAAAUUGUCCCAGUGUGCUUCAUCGACUCCUCUGUCUUCUAAACGGAUUGGAUUACGAUCUUUAGGUGUCGGGGGAACAACUUCUACUUUGUUCUCAAUUCUACCGUAUCACAGAAAAACAACAGGGAUACAUUUCAGAGUUGGACGUCGUCAGCUUCUUCCCAGUAAUUCUCACAAAGGUAUGACAACAAGUGUCGAACACUUCUGUUCAUCUUCAAGUGCUGUCCGUUUGCCUCAGUCAUCUUUAUUAUUAACAUCCGGUUCUACCCAAUAUGUCAGGGAUUCUAUUUCACAAUGUAAUUCUACUUAUAUACCGUCAAAUCUUAGUUCAUUUCGACCUGUGAAUGGUGAGGUUGUCUCAUAUGCUCAUUUAAUUCAGCCAAGUUCAGCCUCAUCAAAGAAUAGUUUAAAACCAGUGCAGUCUACCAUGUCAACAUCAUUGGUGUCGAAUUUGCCUGAUACCACUGUUGAUUCCUUCUUAUCACAUACCAUAACAGAUUUAAAGCCUACUUGUGAGCCUUCUUCUGGACAUUUCACUGCUGAAGCUUGUAUGGUAGCCAAACGUGGUCCGUCACAUCAUUCAACAGUUGUCAUGCAUUCAACAAAUAGUAUUAGUACAUCGUGGUAUCGCACUGCGAAAUCCUUCAAUAUACAAAGGAAUUAUUCUAGUUCAGGCAGUACAAGCCGUACUUCGUUGGUAAAUAAUAUUUUAUCCACCUGGCCUUCUACAAUGCUCACCUAUCCAGAUCCACUGAUAAGUUACAAUCCACUCCUCCUAGAUGACCCUGAACUUCUUGUGGCAACUGGAAAACGUGUCCUAAAACUACCAAAUUAUUUGACCAGUAUUUUGGGAUAUGUUCGUCCAAAUGAACGUAAACGUGAAGUGAAUCGAGAGUUUCAUGAAAGAUUUCCAUUUAUCCAGAUAACGCUCACAAAACUACGCAGUAUAAAAUUAGUAUUAGUACAAAUUGUUCAAAGACUUUCGUUGGACUUGUGGAUCGCUGCACAUGCUCACGUACUUUUUGAAAAGUUAAUACUCAAGUUGUUUGUGACCAAAUUGAACAGGAGGCUAUGUGCUUCCGCCUCGCUGUUAAUCAGUGCCAAGCUAAACGAUGUGAAAGGCGUUGAAUUGAGCAGUUUACUGCAAGAGCUGGAAACAUCUUUUCGUAUUUCUCGUCGUGAUUUAAUCCACACUGAAUUGGAUGUUGCUUUAGGUUUGGAAUUCAGUUUAAUUCCCGCCGAAGGUGAAAUACUCCCACAUUAUCAGAGAAUUUACAAGAGUUUAGAUUUGACGCUUCCACUUUUCCCAUUAUCAGUCUUCACUGUUAAUAGUAAUAACAAUAAUAAUUCGAAUGAUGACAAGGCAAUGACUACAGUCAACUCUCUUCUUGACCACCACACCAAAAGCAGCAGCAAUAACAAAAACAACAACAAAUGCACCAGUGCAAGUGACAGCGACAGUUUAAAAAGUGAUUCUCUCUCUUUGACAACUUCAUCUCAUUCAUUCGUCAGUCUACUGCAUCGAUAUAGCCCAAUACUACAAACGUGAUUGACGAUAGCAUCCGAUUUCAUUUGUGUGGUGUAUACCUUGACUUUAGGAAUUUAUAUACAUAUAUAUUUAUUUAAGGGGUUCUUAUUUACUGAGUCUUUACAGAGACUCGAACACACGCACACUGCACAGACACAGACAAAUAUUAAACUGAUUCUUAUGCGCACAAGUUAUCGUUAUGUAAUAGUCCUUUUUCCUUUUCUUUACUUCUCGUCUCAUUUGUGUCCAUGUUCGCCUAUUGCUUCUUUCUGUCUUUCAUUUCUCAUCUUCUAGUCGGUGUAUAUAUGUCGUCUAAAAAAAUGCAUUCCUUUGAUUUACAUGACUUGUC